AUGUCACAGGUCAUACCGAACCACGUGUUGCGGGUUGGACAGACUGUCUGCGUUGCAUCACAGGAAGAAAGCCAGAGCUUACGGCCGGCGGGGUACCCAGACUGCUCUGCGCUGCAAACGAAGUACUCCUACUACUCAGCAGAUGGCUGGGCUGACCCCUCCGCCAUGGUGCGAGCCCAGGCACAUUUGCUUCCUAACGGAGGACUGUACAGAACCCACCCUGUGUUUGAACAUGUGGCCUCCCACGCUCAAGGGAAAGGGCAGCAGGAUACCUCUUUGGAGAGACCCAGUGUCGCUCGUCAGCCAAUGGAGGAGGACACCACUGUGGAUCCUGAUGCUCAUCUGAUGUCUCCUACCUUGGAUAUAUCAAUAGAAAGUCUCAACCAGCUGAUCCUGGAAAUCGAUCCAACCUUUCAGCCACUCAUAUGCAAGCCAGUGAAAGAUGCUGUCCAACCUACUUCUCAGAGUGACCUUGUUGCAACCAAGAAACAAGAUCCAGAGGCAAUAGACAUCAAAUACAUAGAGAUGCUGCCUGCUAGAGCCAAGUGUCCCGAGCUGCUGCAGGGCUCCCCAAGCCCGUCCAGCACGCCGUUCUCGAUGUCCCCCCAGGGCAACGGCUUCCUGCCCCAAAAAGGGGGACUCAGAGGCAACUGCAGCACGAACGGCAGCGUGGUCUUCUCGAGCUCCCCGGGGCCUGAGAGCCCCCGGGCAGGUGCCCUGGGCUGCGCUGCCUCCCAGGCCUGCAGCAAAGCCUCGGAGUGCAUCGCCAUCCCCCAGCGGUGCGCUGCUGGACAGAAGGACAGCAUCUCCUACGGCCCAAGCGCUCUCCUCGGCACGUCACCGGGCCUGGACAAUUUGCUGAAGCCUUUGCAGGUUGUGAGGGCACAGCAAAGGACCAGCGGGAUCUCCCUGCUGUCCACCAGUCCCGGGUCAGACACCAGUUACGUCCUUGGAAGCAGCACCCACUCGCUCCACAACGAUGAUUCAGAUGCUCACCCUGCUGCUGGCCGCUCAGCUGACUGCCCAUCCCCUGCGGGAUCCCUUGGCAGCCCCUACCCAUCUUCCCCAAGUGUCAAAUCUCACACUGGAGAAGCUUUUGGCCUGGGCUCCCUCCAGCCAAGGUCAACCUGCUCCACCAAAGCCAGUAUGUCCCCAUCCCAGAAGGGCCAGGCCAGCAGCUGCCCCCCUUCCAUCCUCAACUCCACAGCUGACAUCCCAGUACUGCUGGUAAACGGGUGCCUGGAGCGAGGAGACGCAUCUCCUCGGCUGACCAGAGGUCCUGCAGCCUCAGUGAAGCAGAGCCCUCCUCCCAGCUGCAGUCCGUCCCUUGGGCUCAGCGGCUUGAACAACGCGCUGUCUGCACCAGUGCUCUCCUGUGCCUCCGACAGUCCCCCCAGAGAUGGGCAACCAACCAUGAAGUUUGUGAUGGACACAUCGAAAUACUGGUUCAAGCCAAGCAUAACCAGGGAACAAGCUAUCCAGCUGCUGAAGGACAAGGAGCCAGGCACGUUCAUUGUGCGAGACAGCACGUCGUACCGGGGGUCUUUCGGACUGGCAAUGAAGGUUCUUGUCUCUCCAUCCGGCAGCCAGACAGGUGACGACAGCAGCGACCUCGUCCGGCACUUCCUCAUUGAGUCGUCUGCCAAAGGGGUGCACUUGAAAGGAGCCAGCGAGGAGCUGUAUUUUGGCAGCCUCUCCGCCUUUGUGUAUCAGCACGCCAUCACACCGCUGGCACUGCCCUGCAAGCUCAGCAUCCCCACCCGAGACCUUGCCGAUGGAGAAAAUAGCCCUGACUGUGCUCCAGAAUCAGCGGUGGCCCUGCUGAAGAAAACUGCUGUGUGCAACGUCUUGUACCUUAACUCGGUGAACGUGGAGACGCUCACAGGAGCCCCGGCCAUCCAGAAAGCCAUCUCCUCCACCUUCGAGCUGGAGACCCUGCCCACACCCACCCUCGUGCACUUCAAAGCGACCGAGCAGGGAAUCACACUGACGGACAUCCAGAGAAAGGUGUUUUUCAGACGACACUAUCCCUUGGCUGCCAUCAGGUUCUGUGGGAUGGAUCCUGAAAACAGAAAGUGGCAGAAGUACUGCAGGGCUUCAAGAAUCUUUGGGUUUGUGGCCAAAAGCCAAACCGAUUCGGAGAACCUCUGUCACCUGUUUGCAGAGUACGACACUGUGCAGCCAGCGUCUCUUGUGAUCGACUUUGUCAGCAAGCUUCUGCCAGGCCCGUAGAGGACGUAA